ACUGUAAAUAAAAAAUACUAUGAUUUGAAUCACGCGCAUUAAAGUGCCUGUUGGACUUGCUGGUUUUUUAGUCUCGCUACCACGGACUUACGAAUAAAGGGACGAUGCACAAACUAGAUUGGCGGGUCACAUAGCAUCUUGGAUCGGAAGAAGUAUUGAGACCUUGGAUCAUAAUGGCCUAAGGUUGAGAUAUUCACGUAAAAUGAACGAAGACAUAGUUUUGAACAUACAAUAGCGAACAGCCAAUUCCCACCGCAUUCCUGAGCAAACAUCAUUUCUCACUUACAUGAGUAUUAUAUGUAGUGGUACAUAUAUACAUUACAUAGUGUAGUAUGUAAGUACAUACUCUUAGCUUAUAUUCUAAGUAUGGAUAUGAGUGUACAUAUGUAAUACUGAACCCAACGUGAUCCGAUGGAAGGGUCGCCAAAAUACGAUCGUACAUAGCUAUUUGUGUAUAAUAAUUAAUGUCUCAAUUAUUAGAUUCUGUCAUGCUUGAAUAAGAAUGCAGCCGUGUUACAAACAUUAACUUCAUUUUUCUUAUUGUUUGUUCAAAUUAACAAACUACUAUAUAUACAUUAUAAAACACUAACAAAUAUACAGGUUAUGACAUGCAACGGAAAAUGUUCCCUGGAGGAAUACUUGUAACAGUUGCAAAACGAUGUAACAAUCUGUUGUUCAACUUAUUAAAGCAACAGCAAACUUUACAUUCAUAUUAUUUUAAAAAGAAAUGUCUUUUCUUUUUUGCCCCAACAAAUACAUUACAAUAUUCGAGUGACAGCUCGUUAAAAUGUUGGAAUUGCAAUUUUAUUUACAAGUCCAAGCUAUUUUGUUCAAAAUGCAAUACACUACAAGAACCACCUGAAAAUUUAACUUAUUUUGACUUAAUGGACAUCCCCGAAAGUUACGAUGUAACAGUAACAGAAAUUCAAAGCAAGUAUAAAGAACUUCAAAAAUUAUUGCACCCUGAUAAAUUUGGCACGAAGUCAGAGAAAGAAAAGCAGCUGUCUGAAAACCUGUCAUCGUUAAUAAAUAGUGCUUAUAGUACAUUAUCAAACCCUUUGCACAGAGGACUAUAUAUGUUAAAAUUAAAUAACAUUACAAUAUCAGAAGGGACAUAUAGUAUGGAUCCAGAAUUUUUAAUGGAAAUUAUGGAGAGGAAUGAAAGGAUAGAGGGUGCGCUAAAUAAUCACACAAAAAUAAAAGAACUCGCUAAAGAGAAUGAAAUAAUAUUAAAUAGCUUGUCAAUGAACAUUGCAUAG